AUGAAGUUCUUCCGUUGCCUCGCUGUCGUUGCCAUGGCCCUCGCUGCUGCUGCUACAGUCUCGGGCUCCGUCACCGAAGAGACCGGCGUCCAGGCCCGCCACAUGCUCGCGAUGGGCGACGAGUCCGUCAUGUUGGCGCGCGGGUCGCUGCGCAGAGCCCAGGAGACCAACUGA